CGCUCUGCGCUGAUGACGUGUUGCUCAGUCGCUGUGCGCUCUUCCCGCUGGCGGUCGAGAUUCGCUUUCACCUCACAGGCUGCCAUUCUUCACGUUUGUUGAUUUGUUAUUAUUUAUUUAUUUUUUGUUCGCUAGAUCUCUGGCAGGCGCUUCACCAGGACCAAUGGAUACGUUGUACCACCAGACCAACAAGCAGAUCCAGGAGGUGCAGUCCAACAUGGGCCGCCUGGAGACGGCAGACCGGCAGUCAGUACAUCUGGUGGAGAACGAGCUUCAGGCCCGAAUCGACCAAAUCUUCAGCAGCCUGGAGAGACUGGAGGUCCUUGCCAGUAAGGAGCCGCCCAACAGGAGGCAGAAUGCCAAGCUGCGGGUCGAUCAGCUCAAGUAUGACGUCCAGCACCUGCAGACGGGCCUACGCAACUUCCAGCACCGACGCUACGCACGCGAGGCCCAGGAGCAGGAGAGGGAAGAGCUCAUGGCCAGGACGUUCACCACUAAUGAUGCAGACACCUCCAUCCCCAUCGAUGAUACCCUCCAAAUCAACACCUCUUUGCACAAUGCCCAUCAAGGCAUUGAUGACCUGCUGGGCAGCGGCAGCACCAUCCUGGAUGGUCUUCGUGAGCAGAGGAACACCCUUAAGGGUGCCCACAAGAAGAUGCUGGAUGUGGCCAACAUGCUGGGCCUCUCAAACACGGUCAUGCAGCUCAUCGAGAAACGGGCAUUCCAGGACAAGUUCCUACUGAUAGGGGGCAUGGUGGUCACCUGCAUUGUCAUGGUCUUGGUCGUGAAGUACCUGACCUGAGAGCCUGAAGCAGCACUGGUGGCUACUGGACUAAUGGAAGUUGUCAAAAUGUCUUACAUUUGUUUGUGGGGGGGUGGGGGGAACCUUUUGAGGAUCUGGGGGGCAAGCCGCACUGCUCAGGGCAUCUCCUCUGCCUAGGUGGCUUGGUGAGGACAAGGAGGAGUCGUGAAGUCGACCCGUCAAUGUGACAAUAAAUGGCUGCAUGCAGCCUGCAACACAAGGCCCACCAUUCUCCAGUGGUGUUCUGGUUUACUUGUCGAGACCACCUGAACAUUCCUAAUCUCACACAAGCAGGAUGGACGUGCAGAAUGUGGACAGGCGCAGAUUUGUCACUUAACGGUCAGGGGACUCUACACUGCUUUGUUGUAUAUUUGACUCCUGAAUGUCUGGUCGAGUACCCCGUGUGAACUGUGCCAUUGUUAAUAAAAAGUGACUGCAGCUCGAGAGUUGUGGAGCUUAUGGUGCCCAUCA